CGACAGGGAACCGCGCGAGACCAAUGAGCGGCCGCUCGGAGGAGUCCGGAAGGGCCCGCCCGCCGGGGCUCUGCGAGUGACGUUGGGCGACGCGGGGCUGGUGGCGUAGCUAGCCGCCGUCCUUCGUCUCGUCCUCUUGCCUGUGGGUGUCCUGCUCCGCGCUGGCCCGGCGGCCAUUUUGGGAUUCGCUUCCACCCGCGCCCGCCUGCCCAGCCCUUCCGGGGUCGCGCUGCCGAGGGGCUUCUUUAACGGCCCGUCUUUCUGGGAAGUCGUCGCAGUCGCCGUGGGAGGGCUCUGUCUAUGGUGGAGAGGCCUCGAGCGGACUAGGACAUCUCCUUUCCGCCAGGAUGAAUGUCGUCUUGGCCGCUGCGUCCUGCGCCUGCCGUUCCGGAGUGUGGUCUGCCGCUCGCGGCCGAAGCCGCUUCCCCCUGUGGCUCUUCUCCUGGCCCGGCGAUCGGCCUGGGGCCCCGACUCCGCCGCGCAGCAAGGCCAAGACUGCUUAGGCCUCUCCGAAUCCCGCCCGACCUGCAGCCCCGAGAGACUGCCUAGAACAAGGACAUGGAGCCGGCAGCAGACGGAUCGCGGCCACGGCCGGGCUCCCGGUUCUGGCUGCCCUUUUCCCGGCGCCCGCAACCCGGCACUUCCAAGUUGCCCACACCUCCUGCCCCGGAACACUCCAGGGACCCCAGACUGGCUGCUUCCCCCCAGCCCCAGGCUCAGACCGGCUCCUGGAUGAAGCUGCUUUCCCAGCUCCUCGCGCCGCUCCCCAGCUUGCUUCAGAAGCUGCUGAUUUGGAGCCAGCCUUUCGGCGGGAUGAUUCCGACCAGGUGGCUAGAUUUUGCUGGAGGCUACAGCGCUCUCAGAGCCCUGAAGGCUCGGGAGGACCCAGCCGUCCCCCCAGCGCAGAAAUCUUUGAGUUCGCUGCGGCUCGACCCCUCGGACGACUCUGCUGCCCGUCCCCUCGAUUGGCUGGAGGAGGGGAUCCACUGGCAGUGCUCGUCCUCAGAUCUAGAAUUGGAACUCAAAGCCCAGGCUAGAGUUCUGGACCCUGCCGCACACGCUUUUCUGUUAGAGCAGCAGCUGUGGGGAAUGGAGCUGUUACCGAGUGGCCUUCAGGGCCAUCUGUGCUCUAACCGGGAACUUGGCUCUUCGCCCGCCGGCCCUCUACAAGUUCGGCGUUUAAGCAGUUUCAGCAGUUUCAGCGUCGUCUCCUAUUUGUUGAACCCCACCUAUCGGGACUGCCAGCCCCGGGUGGGGCUCGGCUAUCAGAACAGCGUGGGAAGUGGCGAGCCUGUUGAUUUCCAGACCCUCAGCCCAGAGGGCACCUGUCUGACUGAAGACCUUGAUCCUCCCCACCCGCUGAAGGCAGACAUCAGUUGCUCCACGCGGCAGGGAUGUCCGCCUCUUUCUAGAGAGGGCCUGCCAGAAAUCCACCAUCUUCGCACGAAACGGCUGGAGUUCCUUCAGCAGGCCAGAAAGGGGGAAGCGUUACCCACCCCAGACCAAGAUAAUGGCUACCACAGCCUGGAGGAGGAACACAGCAUGCUCCGGUUGGAUCUGAAACCCGACGGAGAUAGUCCCACACAGUGUGUUCCCCCUGUUGGAGCCGUUUCCGGAACCGCCCAGGAACCCACCGAGGGAAAGAUCGCAUCGUUGACGAAAGAGGUUCCACUUGCUUUGGAAAAACAGGACCCCUCGGAAGGUUGUCCGUCUGGUGAGGUACCUGUGGAGAAAGAGCCUGGAGAGGACCAAAUAAGUGUCGGGGACUCCUCAGAUCUAGAAGAUGACAUUCCCAUUUCCACCAGGCCAGCUUGUAGUAACAGGCUGAUAGAUUACAUUUUGGGAGGUGCAUCCAGUGACCUGGAAACAAGUUCUGAUUCCGAAGGUGAGGAUUGGGAUGAGGAAGCUGAGGAUGAUGGUUUUGAUAGUGAUAGCUCUCUCUCCGAAUCAGACCUUGAACAAGACCCUGAAGGGCUUCACCUUUGGAACUCUUUCUAUAGUGUAGAUCCUUAUAAUCCCCGAAACUUCACGGCAACAAUUCAGACUGCUGCCAGAGUUGUUCCUGGAGACCCUUCUGACUCAGAGAAGGAUUCAUCUGACAAGUCUGCUCUAGAGAACUCCCCCCAGACUGGAAGCCUUCCCGAGUCUCCUGACCAUAGUUCUGGGGAGGAAGAUGACUGGGAAUCUAGUGCAGAUGAAGCAGAGAGUCUCAAACUGUGGAACUCUUUCUGUUAUUCCGAUGACCCCUACAACCUUUUAAAUUUUAAGGCUCCUUUUCAAACAUCAGGGAAAAAUUGGAAAGGCGGUCGCGACUCAGAGGGGCCAUCUGAACCCACUGUGGCCAUUUCUGAUUGUCACACCUUACUGUCUUGUGAGGUGCAGCUGUUAGGGAGCCGUGAAAGUGAAGGUCCAGACUUGGUACCCGGUGGGGUUCUUUCUGGAGAAAGACAUGCACAUAUCAAGAGAAAAAAGGUAACCUUCCUUGAAGAAGUUACUGAGUAUUAUAUAAGUGGUGAUGAGGACCGCAAAGGACCAUGGGAAGAAUUUGCACGGGAUGGGUGCAGGUUCCAGAAACGAAUUCAAGAAACAGAAGAUGCUAUUGGAUAUUGCUUGACGUUUGAGCACAGAGAAAGAAUGUUCAAUAGAUUCCAGGAAACAGGCUUCAAAGGACUUAAUGCUUUUAAGCAAUGUUAAGAUGAUUUGACGGCCUCUAACUUGAGCAUACACUACCUCUUACUUGAGAGGUUUCUUUUAAAAACAAAAAUUGGCAGCUGCCCUUUUUUUUUUUUUUUUUAAAGAGGAUAUGCAGCUUGGAUCCAGUGACCUAGUUUAAUAUUUUUUUUGUAACUGAUCCCACUCAGAGAUGGCCAGGUUUGAAGGCAAGCCCUGGUAAUGAAGGAUGAGAUGGUGUGAUUUCUAAUACUCCCUUUUUUGAUUCAGUUGGAUGUAUUUUUGAAUGUCAUGUGCUUGCUGAGGUGUAAAGGGGACCUUUUAAGGUGGAAUUUUGCAUUUUCAAAACUGAUUUCCUUGGGAAACAAUAUUUAUAGGGUUCAAAGCCCAUUUUCCAUUCUAAUUUAAAUUAUGUGUACCUGUCUGAAAACUUUGGGCUCUCCCCACCCAACAUUUUAAAGUUAAUGGGCUUUUAUGUUUUCUCUCUAUAUUUUUUAUUUCAGUGAUGUGGUCCUUCUAGCUUUAAGGUUAAGAAAAUGAUCUUGUAUAUGCUACCGACUUAAAUUACCUUGUGUUAACUUUUUCCCUUCUAAAAAUGACUUUGGAUGGACAUGUGUGGUGGGCUUUUAUAGGUUAAAUUGUACCUGAGAUAUUUCCAAGGACUGCCACAAAACCUUUAUGUGCAGUACUCUCUGCUGCUUUGGGAAAGCUGCAUCUUUCUGCCAAAUUUUAACAUCUCACACGUUUAACUUCUGUGCAAACUGUUUCUUGGAGAGGGUUCUGUGUGUGUGAUUGUCUUUCCAGUUAAAUGGUUCUUUGUGUGUUUCAACAGGUAGAAGUUGUUGUAAAAGACUCCAGAAAGUAAUAGUUGCAUCAUAGACAUUUACUUUUUAAAUUGAAAAGCCAAGAAUUUUCCUAGGAAGAAACUAGGAGACAUCUCAGAGCAAUUUGUUUUUGUUUUAUAUGCUGUCAACAGAAAACCAGUGUUAUUAAUCUCAUACUUCAGCACUGGCACUUUUAAAACCUGUCAGGGUGACACUAUAAACUUGGAAAUGGGCACUUCUGAAUUUUCCAGUUUGCAAUGUAAAAUAGAGACUUAAUCUCCAAGUUUAUUGUGUUCUACUGUUAGUGAGAGAGGUAAUGACAAGGCCUAUAACUUUCAGGAAAGGAUGGUACUAGAGACUUAACAAUAGAAAGUCUUAGUAUUUUAGCCCAGAGUUUACUUUUGAAUUGAAGUUUUUGCAGUGGCUGGUUGUCCUUAGUUUGUUUGUUUAGCUCGACAUGGUGUGCCUCUGUUAGGCUGAGGUAAUGUUGAUCCGCUUCUUACUGGUCUGUUUUUGCCCCACGUGCCUCUUUGUUGCAGGUAAUGGAAAACAUGAGUAGAACAGGUGACCUCUUAAGUUUGAACUUGUUUCAGUGUGGGAACAAAUUUUUUGUCAGAAGUGCUUGCAGAGUUACUACCUCAGUUUACAAUCUACCUGGUCAUUAUUUUAUUUCUGUCUGGUUUGCUCUAAGAACUGCCCCCAGUGAUGAUAUAUGUAUUCGUACAUAAACACGCCAAGAGUACAACAACUUGAAAGCUGGUCCGAUUUUUGCAGAGCCCUUACUCAGCGUGUGUUGUGCACCUCCACUUUAGGUAAUCGUAGGGGAUGCAUUUGCAGAGUCCUGCUGUAACACUGAAAACAGGCUGGUUUCAAGCACCAGCUGUGUCAGUUGGGAAGAAGGGAUCAUUUGCCUUGAAAAAAAGCUUUCUGAAAAUGUAUAGGCAUUCUUUUAAAACCAGACUGAAGUAUACUGUUUUAUUUCACGGCUUAGUCUGAAAUCUAGCACCUCUGCAUAGUUGAAAAUAAUGGGAUAGCUUGACAUUGAUUGGAUUUUGGAAACUUGUUCCCUUGGGAUUCCAACCUCACUACCAAAUGAGUACGGUAAAAGCUUGGUGAAGAAUUCUCCCAUUUCCUGCCCUCCUUUAAAAGAAGUGAUCGAGACAGUGACAAAAAGGACAGAAGGGGCUGUUUUUAAGUUGGACUGAAGGAGAAAAAAUUCUUGUCAUUUCAUCCCAAUCCUAGUUGUUAGAACAAAGUUAAACUUGGAAGUUGUAAUUGAACAUUGUACACAUUUAAAGUCUUAUAAUGGUGCUUUAAGUAUCAAUGUAGCAUGUGAAGGCAUACAGACAGGUAAAAUUUCCUUUUCUGAGUGUUGCAGUGUGGUAACAGCACCUCUUCAUCUUUAACUUGAAAUCAAAACUAUCAGAUUUUAUUUUUGUAUAAUUUAAGGGAGGUGAAUUUAGGGGACUAGAAGACUAAAUUGGCUUCUACAGAUCCAGUGACUUAAAUGUAACCAGUUUGUUGGGAUUUUAUAGCUAAAAUUAUAUUUGUGUAUAUAACUUUAACUAAUCUGUAAAUUGUAAUAAAUAUAUUUACAAUUAUUAAAUGUUACAUGAUAUUUUGUUUCAAGUUUA